GCAGUGCUGAAGGCGCGCCGCUGUCAGGGCCCGCCCACCGCCGCCGUGACGGGAGAGCGGCUUCCGGGCGCCGAGUUGGAAAACGGUUGCAAGCGGCAGUGGCCGUCCUUCGUGGCCGACAUGACACAUGGGCCAGUGCGGGAACCAGGUGGGCUGCCGCUUCUGGGACCUGGCGUUGCGGGAGCACGCGGCCGUCAACAAGGUAACGCUGCUGCCCUUGGCCUCGCCCUGGGCUUGUGCAACCAAAGUAACGCCGCUCCGCUGCCAACACAAGCGUCCACGCGUUGUUACCAGCUCCAGUCUAAUCAGCUUUCUCGAGGCUUUCCGCCUGGAGGAGCGCGGGCUGAGUCCCUGAAGGCCUUUGUUACCAGGAAAGGAAUUUAUGAUGAAUCACUGAGCAGUUUCUUUAGGAAUGUAGACACAAGAAGUGCUGGUGAUGGUCCUGAUAUUUACAAAGGAAAAAUCUGUUCUUUAAAAGCACGAGCACUGUUGAUUGACAUGGAGGAGGGCGUGGUAAAUGAAAUUCUGCAGGGACCAUUGAGAGAUGUGUUUGAUAGCAAGCAGCUUAUCACAGAUGUUUCUGGUUCCGGAAACAACUGGGCUGUAGGUUACAAAGUGUAUGGCUGUCAGUACCGGGAAAACAUUGUGGAAAAGCUGAGGAAAACUGCAGAACAUUGUGACUGUCUACAGUGUUUUUUUAUAAUUCAUUCUAUGGGAGGUGGGACAGGAUCUGGUCUUGGAACUUUUGUACUAAAUUUGCUUGAGGAUGAAUUCCCAGAAGUGUAUAGAUUUGUUACUUCAGUUUAUCCCUCUGGUGAAGAUGAUGUUAUUACUUCUCCAUAUAACAGUGUUCUGGCUAUGAAGGAGCUUAAUGAACAUGCAGACUGCGUGCUACCAAUAGAGAAUGAAUCUCUGUUUGAUAUAGUUAAUAAAAUUCAUCAGAUGAUCAAUUCUGGGAAGCUAGGGUCAACUGUGAAGCAAAACAGCUUGGUAACAUCAAGUGCAGGCACUACAAAAACUGUGCAGGAGAAGCCAUUUGAUGCAAUGAACAAUAUCGUAGCCAACUUGCUGCUGAACCUGACGAGCUCUGCUAGGUUCGAAGGUUCUCUUAACAUGGAUCUUAAUGAAAUAAGUAUGAAUUUGGUUCCAUUUCCUCGACUUCAUUACUUGGUUUCAAGCUUGACUCCUCUGUAUACACUGGCUGAUGUUAAUAUACCUUCUAGAAGGUUGGAUCAGAUGUUUUCAGAUGCUUUUAGUAGAGAUCAUCAGUUAAUUCAAGCAGAUCCAAAGCAUAGCCUCUACCUUGCUUGUGCACUUCUUGUUCGGGGAAAUGUGCAGGUCUCAGACCUUCGCAGAAACAUUGAAAGAUUGAAGCCUUCCCUACACUUUGUCUCGUGGAAUCAGGAGGGCUGGAAAACUAGUUUGUGUUCAGUACCUCCUGUGGGCCAUUCCCAUUCCCUUCUAGCUUUAGCAAACAACACCUGUGUGAAACCAACUUUUACGGAACUCAAAGACAGAUUCAUGAAGCUCUACAAGAAAAAGGCUCAUCUUCACCAUUACCUGCAAGUAGAUGGGAUGGAGCAAGGCUGUUUUUCUGAAGCCAUAUCGUCUUUGUCUGACCUAAUAGAAGAGUAUAAUGAACUGGAUGCCACAAAAAGUGGACUUAGAACAGACCCAUCGAGAUUGAAGAUAGCUGUGUAAAGAAGAACUAUGAUAUAAAAAAUAAAAUCCCCAAGCAUCCAACUAAUUCAGUUAACCCAAAUGAAUUGCAGAGUGCCUACCUGUUGUCAUUGUAAAGUGAGACUGGGACAACUGCUUCCUCAGCUCUCUCAGAAGUGUCACAUAAAAUGACAGGCCCGGCCUGUAGGAAAGGUUUGAAGGCACCUAAUUAUGGCGAAUAUCAGUAACGCUCUUCCAAACUGUAGAGGAAAUUGACAUACCAUAUGCUGCAAAGAGAAGAAGGUGAAGUUGUAGCAGCCAAAAGGUAUUGCUUUUCCCAGACUUUGAGCUUACAGUGAACUAAAAGCAAGUCUUGGUUCAAAGAAGGAUCACUGUUGCUAGUUUUUCUUAGUAGUUUUAAAAAGCAAUGAAGAAAGAAGAAAAGCUGCAUACUGUUCAAAGAUGAAAGCAACCCUGUAAUGGAACUGGUUUCUUAAACUUUGCAGACAAGCAGUCAUUUUGGAAUGCUGUAAGCUAUGUUCAUAAUUUAAAUUUUUUUCACUUCGUUGUUGUACCUAGCUGUAUUAGAGUCUUCUCAGCUGAUACUAAAGUUGAUGAUUUCAGGGAAUUUACCAAAAUGCAUUUUCUUUCGAGUAUUAUAUUUGGAGUAUUAAUUAAAAUAACAUGUUAAUGAUUCAUGUUCAUAAAUGGUGAAUUGCACUUGAUAGUGAGACAAUAUAGUAUACCUCUGAGUGAAAAACGCACUUACAGUAAAGAUUGUUUGGAGAACAAAGUUUAUAGGUUUAAAGACUGCAAGUAAAAUAGAUUUUUUAAUAUUUAUAAUUACCAAGGUAAGUAGACUUUUAUAUUACAUUAUAUUAGGAACUUUUAAUGUACAGCUAUUUCCUGUUUACUGGCCAACCUUGACUGUCUUAGAACACAAAGACUGGUGAACUGUUACAAAUCAGAGUGGGCCAAUACAAUGAUCUAAAGCUUGAAAUCCUUCUAGCAGAGUUUGAGAGGGUGUAUAAAUAGGCACAAUUUUCAGUGUAUGAGUCCAGAACUAGUCAAUUAUACCUUGUGAUAAUAUUUGUUGAGCAUUUUAAGAAAACAUUCUGAAUAGGCAUUUCCUUCAAAUUUUGCUCUUCUCUUAUCUGUAGAUAUCUUCUUAUGUCUUCCUUUACCAAGGACUUUGCUUAUAUUCACAGCAGAGGAAGGUUAUCUGCUGCAAGUUGGGUCUUAAAAUUAAUUUAUCCUGUUGGAACAGCAUUCGUGUGUUUUGCCUUUGCAGAUACGUGUAGAAAAUGUUUGUUUGAAAAUCAGAGUAAUAGAUAACGUAUUACAGGGUAACAUGGUUUCAGUUUGGUUUUGUUGUUUUUUUUUUUGUAUAGAUUAGUCAGAGCAUCUAUGAAUCCAGAUGUAUUUGUCUUGUUGGACAAGGUGUUACAGAAGGUUACCAAGCUGUCUUGCUGUGCUUUCUUGAAUUACCAAAAGGAGAACUUUUGACAGAAGUGUUAAAUACAUAAUUCUUGAGAAUGUGUUUCCACAUACAGUUAAGUUUGAUGCAUUCUUACUUGCAUUUCCCAGGUGUGUUUUUUUUACAUGAAUACUCACAUUUGUAGUUUCACUACAAAGAUUGCUUGGGUGACAGGUAAUGCUAACUCUUCAGGAUGUGAAUGUGCUCUAGCCCUUGCAAUAUAUUACAGUCAGUGGUGUAAUUCAUAAAAUUUUGAGUUCAGAAAAUAUAUCUCCUGGAUCCCUGCAAAUCCUCUGGCAUACACAAGAUGUUAUCCACAUCAUCUUCCACUUAAAGAAGCCUUCAUUGGGACAUUCAAACUGAAGAGUGAUCAUUUUGGACUUAUUGGGUAUGCAGCACCUCUUGUCCAUACACACUCCACAGAAAGUUAACUUGUAGCUUUGUGUAGUUGAACAUCCAGAGAAAAAUAGUUUCUCUGCUCUAGGAAGCUGGAAUGUCGGUUGGCAUGUCUUUCCAUUUGGAAUCUGUAAAACAACAGCAAAAAGCUUGUUUUUACACAUGGAAAAAAGAAUAUGUAAAAAAAAAAAAAAACUGUGUUGUUUAAACUUAAAUAUCUUGAAAAUUACACCCUCUAAAAGCUGUCUUAUUUUUCUUUCAGUAAACAAAUAAAAAUAUUUUGAUCAACCGAGCAGCAUGACAGCACUCUGAAAUUAUACAUCUGCAGUUUACUAUCAAAAGUUAAAGUCUAAAGGUAGAAAAAGGCAAAAUGUUGUUUUAUGACUUAAAAAUGGAUGUAGUGGUAAAUCCUUUUCCAUUACUUCCGAUAUUUUUAAUUUCUACUAGCAAGUCAUUUUACAUAGGUUGCUCUGAAGGUAACACCUCCUAUUUAUUUCCAUGGAAGCUACAACAGAUGCAAAGAGCACAAUAACACUAUCUGACAGAGCAAAUUCUCAGCUACAAAACACUGUUUUGCAGCAUAGUCACCACCAUUAGCCAUGCAUUUUCGCCACCAGUGAACAAGAGCCUAUAUGCCUCGCUCACAAAAAUCUGCAACCAGUGGAGGUGGCCCACUGUUGCCAGUGAUGGAACAUACCACCCACUCUGCUGACGCCUCACUGUGCUCACUUCCCCUGUUUGGUCUCCAUAAAUGUUCAGCAAGCCCUGAUGAAUGUAAAUGGGUGCCACUUUUCUACAUGAAGGAAUUCAGUGACACGCCUUUACUUCAUAUGCACUUACUUAUCAGAUGCCAUUGCGUCAGACUGCCCCUCUGCUGCUAUCUGUCACACAGCAACAAAAUGUAAUGGAAUACUGAUGGGAAGGUUCAACCUCUACUUCCAAAGCACCAACAUCUGUCUCUAAUGUUGUGAGCCAACAUUAUCAAAUUGGAGGUGUUACUUUUGGAGCAGCCCUCGUAUAUGAGAAGGUACCUUUAUUGUCUUCAGGAUAUUGGUCAGACAAGGCUGGAUGAAGCAUAAUCUCUUUUCUUUUUUCAUUUCACACUUCUUGUUUUCGUUGGUCACUCUGCUGGAUAUGCCUAUGCCACAGGUCCUAGAACACGGUGUCCAAGGCGUUGCCUGCACAAGGCACUUUUUCUUCAAAACUAGUGUUGAUUCAGAUUCCUAAGCGCUGUGAAGCAUGAUGUUGCAGUCUACUCACUGAAGGAGUCGCUGAAAGUCAGACUUCGAAUUUUGGAUCCACUGAAGUGCCAGAAAGCUGAUGGCCCACAGCUGCUCCCUGGGGACAGAUGUCAAAACAGAGGUGUGAGACUUCAGAGUUACCCUGUAAGAAAACACCAUUGGGCAAGUACCUGAUCAUUUUAACUGUGGAAUUAGUGAAUAGCUCGGUCUGCCUGAACAAUCUUCAAAAAUCUGUUAUGUGACGAUGAAAAUUUAAAUUCUGCUUAUCAAGUUUA